AGCAGUAGAUCUCCAUUUACAGGAUGUUAUUGGUGUGGAUCACUCCAGGAGGUGUGAAAUCAUCACUAGGAAACUUAAAAAAUAUUAGACACAGGCCCAUUGGAAAUGGCGUGGCUGCGCUGACCCCGUCCUGGGGCAGGGGGAUGGGCAAGACGAGGUCUCCCAGUGCCUCCCAACCUCUUUCUCUGGAUCCUGCGGCUCUGCGGUGCACAAGAGUCAGCCCCGAGGAGCUAACCCCUCCGAGUCGUCUCCGAGCUGGUCUCCCCCUGCCUGGCACCACAGCACAGAGGCUCCGGGGCGGUACGGCUGCGUUUCAGCCCCCCACCUUCUCAUCCAAAUAAUUGUCAUGGUAGCAGGUGCAGGAGCCGUGGGCCAGAGGGAGAUCUUUAUUCAAAGCAAUGUAUGUUAACGUCUCCAAAAGCUUUUAACGGACGCCAUUAUUCCCACCCUGAGAAUCGAUGCAUUUUAAUUCCCUCCGAGCUAUUUGUUUGGCUUUGCUUCUGUUUUUCAAACACGCAAGACACGUUUAACAAAACAAGGGAGCCCUGCAAGAGAGACAGCGCAUUGCAUUUUCCCUUGAAACUACUGGAAGUUCAUUUUCAAAGCAGGGCAGUUUUCUUGGAAUCAAUGCAUAUCAACCAAAAUCAAUAGUUACUUUACGCAGAUGGGCUGAGACACCUAAGUGAUAGCACUCUAUGGCAUUGGUAUCCAAAUCUAUAUGUUUUCAACAAGUCAAUGCAUUUUAGCAGCUGCUACUGUCUUUUCACUUAAAAAUAAUCCGAUUGCAGAUAAUACCGUCCCUUUCCACUGAGUCCAGCCAUACCCUCCGUAUAUUUACCGAUGCCAACAAACAUUUAUCGAAUCAAAACCUUUCCAUUUCCAGCUUUCUACACCCCAACCCGCUCUCCGCAGACAGGAGCUCCAGUUGCCCCUUCUCUCCACGUGGCUGUCCAGAUGCGGGCUGGCACCAGCCGGGCUGGGCCACAAGCCUUGGGCACGCCAGGGAGACACCACAGCGUGCAGGACAGCACCCACGGUGCCUUCCCAAAUGCUUUUGCUCCAAGCCCCUGCAGGAUGGGGACCAGGAAGCCCAGGGGGCACCAGCAGCUGUCUGAGCCCCGGCUGAGGCUCAGACAUUUACAAACCAACACAAAUCCUGCAGUUAACACUGAGCCCUGAUAGUUCACUCCUCCUCUCAAUCUGGGAUGAAAACCACUGCUGAACAGGCACUCCAGCUCUUGACCACUUACAUUUCUACUGACAUUUGAUAAGCUUUUUCAUCUGGCUUUGCUCUUCUGUAGUGCAAUCACCAGCAUGUCCAGGUGCGCUGGCAUGAAAGGCAGCAUGUAAGCAUAUUUUUGCAGGACAGAGACAUUCAAUUUAGUUAAAAGGCUCUGCCAAGUGCAGUGCCUUUAAGAAGAGAGAACUGUGAGUCCCACUCGUCCCAGAUACUCGGGGAGAACUCCAGACAGGGAGAUCGGCCAGGGUGAGUUAUUUCCAUCAAAUGCUUCUGUGAUGUUCAGAGGGAGGCAUUUUCCUCUGCUUUUUUUCUGUUCCUCUUGCUGUAUGCAAAUCGCUGUUCUCUGUGAGUUAUUAGAUAACAAAGGGCUGUUUUCUCUGCAGAGACUUGCUUGUGUCUGAACCUUGUGAGAAGGAUAAUUAAGGAAUGCCGCAGGAAGCUGCACGGAGGAUCAUUUCCACCCCUUCCCCAGCGCAGUCUCAAGGAGGAAGCUACAAGAAAUUUCCUCCCAGCUGAAACACAGUGGACCAGGGGCAACAGAAGCAGGAUGGGUGCCUGAUUUGUGGGGGGUGUACCAGCAGCCCCAGGUCAGCCCCACGGGCGCAUGCAGUUGCCUGUUUCUUGCUUCCAAAGGUGGCCACAGCCCCGGCUGCCCCAUCGCUGCCAGCAGCAGGGCCACGAGCGGGACGUCCCGUGCUGGGGCUGUGCCAUAUGGGUGCUUCUAGCACACAGCAACAUGGGCAAACCAGGCACCCAGCCAUACCACCAGCUAUUUUCUGGCUAAUUGCUGUCCCCACAAACACCCCCAGCCCGGAGCGUGCAGGACUCUGGACGUUCACCACGACUUCUUUCUUUGGACAAAAGCAAGGCAAGAGGCAGUGCCACAACGUGCUGGAGCCGUGCAGCAUCCCUGCUCCGCGCCACACGGGGACAUGCACAGCCCCGGGCUGCCACCAGAGCCUCCCUGCAGCCAGCUGCCCCCGGAGCCCGGUCCCCCCUCGCAGGCAUCCUGGAGGCCCGGCACUGCUCGCCACCGGCCGUGUUGCCAUGGAGAAGAUUUCUGUGCCACCAGCGACACAAAGGAAAUUACACUUUCCCUGGGAUGCAGCGCUAAUGAGGAGGAGGACGAGAAGAGUGGGGAAAGGGCUGGCUCGCUUCCUUUCUUUCGCUCUUUAUUUCUUGCAGGAGGAAACGAUAAAAAAAAAAAAAAAGACAAACAAGAAGGCAGAGUGGGGUGGGAGGGGCUCAGCCUCUCCCCUGCCAAAUGACGGAGCCGUUAGCAGCAGAGCGGGAUUUGUGUGCUCCUUCCUGUGCAACGAGGCCCCGCUGGGCGAUGGCAGCGAAGCAGCACGCUCGCUGCGAGAGCCAAAGCAACAGACCUUCAAACCUACUCUUCCCCAUCCAUUACACCUCCGUGGGAGCCCGACGGGUGAGGCGCGGGGUGAGCUGCAGGAACAGCCUCGCCAGCACCUCCAGCACCUUCCCCGAGUCCUGUGUGGGAAUGGCCACGCUGUGGCUGCCUUCAGACAUCCUCUCUCUGAAGCUUGCCCUGGUCUUCUCCUGCCAUUAGAGCUCUGGUUGCAUCUGCUGCCACCAGCAGCAAGCACAGAACAACACAAGGGCAGCGCACCUGCACGUUACCACCAACACCGCAGCGCUCUCACCACUGAACCUUGGUUCAGGCUGGACACGGGGGAAGAGCUCGCACCGGGUGGUGGAGGAGGACGAGCUGGGGCAGCGGCUGGAGCACGAAAUGCUUCCAGGGUGCUCGAGCUGUGGAGCUGAGCCCUGCUGGGCAGGAUGCGACCCAGACAGAUGAUGCACGCACCCUGGCCAAGGCAUCACCCGCAGUUCCCCGCUCCCACACGACGCCCACAGUGGGAAUUUGUUCCUGCAGACCAGGUAUUGCAUUGCUGCCAUGCCCACGUGGAGCUGGAAGACAGAGGACGUGCAUGCCGGGCUGGGUGCUGGCCC